AUGGAGGAAGCAACAGUUCGAUCAAGACGAAAAAGCUCUCGGGCUUCAACCAAGCCACCAAGGACACCAACACAAGGGAAGGGCACACGGACACCAAGGAGCAGCCAGAAGGGUGGAGACGAGAGCGACGUUGAUUCGCAAGUGUCCCGUGGUAGUGGCUCGACUGGGACGAGACAGCGUCUUCCUCUUUGGAUCGAAAAGCAGCUGGCUGAGGAUAUCGAAGCACAGGGUGGGAUCUUUGGAUUUGACACUGGAAAGGCUCAAGGAUUGUCAGAGCUCUGUGACUAUCGAUCGCAGGAUCUUGGCCAGCCAGAGUUCUACGGGCAUCGAGGAUCAGACCAGCGGAGGAAGAUCUCUCAAAAGAUUACGAAGUGGAAGAGGCUGGACCAAGGACAGUACUUAGAAAAGCUCUCUGUUUUGGGUGUGACACCAUUCAAGCUGCGCAAGACCAAGGAGAAAGGACGACGAAAGAAAGGCUUGGUACCAGCUCACGAGAAGGAACCGAAAGAGCUGAAGCUGCCUGAAACAAUCGAGGCCAAAGAAGGUGACGACAUCUCUCUAGAUCUCUCGCUCGAUCUUUCACAACUCACAAUUGAGGAAGGCAGCACCGUUACAUCUACAAAAAGUUCUGCCUCUCUCAAGCCGAAGGAGAAGACAAAGGGGAAGACGAAAGAUACAACCCCAAAGUCUCGGAAUCAAGUUGAGAAGCAGCAAAGUCUGCCCACAGAGCCAAAAAGAAAUUUAGAUUUCACCAUGAUGGCUACAAAGAGUACUCCUCGAGUCAUCAACAUCGACACGACCUACCCAGGCGAUCAGGGAGAUGGUGUCUUUGCUUUUCGAAUUUCAACCUUACAGCAUGGAGGAGUUGAAUGGCGGGAGGGAAUUGAGCUUGAAAUGUUGGUUGACCCCCGCGAUGUGCAACAGGAGUUGUACAAGAUUGAAUACAUUGAAGGCAGCAACGAAGCGACGCUCUACAAGCCAGUCCUUCCAGCUCCCUUUCGCGAUGAUGCCUCCGAAUUUGAUGCUCGCCAGGCUGUAAAGGAAAUUCAAACUGGCCACAGGGCUGCACGUACUGUGUAUGAACGGUUGCCUCCUGAACAACGCUAUCGAAAGGUGACUCUUCGAUUUGGCCAUGGUGUCAAGUUGACGGAGGCUCCGUUUGGAGUCACGGGGUCCGCGGGAGAGGGAACCGACACUGCUGAUUUGAAGAUGAUCCUUUAUCGCAAAGCCACCGGUCAGAAGGAUAAGACCAACAACGAUAUCUUCGCACUUCAUGCCCGCCUUUCUUGGAAGUUUGGAGACCAGUCAAAGAAGGCGGUGUUGGAUGGUGCUGGAAACCGUGGAGCUAAGGCUGCAGACGACGCUUUUGGAGAUUUUGUAAAGGAUAUGAGUGCUGCCAUCAGUGGUGGUACUAGUGUAGGAACAGUCACAACAACAGGAGCGACGACCAGUACCGGUACCGACACAAGCGGUGGUGGCGGCGGCAAGAACCCCGUUGUUCUUAUUCCAAAAGCACCAACUCAUCAACCAACACCGGGAGGGCUGAUUCUUCCAUCUCCACCCACUCACAAGCCAAGUGGUGAUCCAGUGGCAGCAAAUUUUGGGCUUGGAAAGAAUAAUGCUGCAUCAAAGAGUGACGAUCCUUUUGAUUUGGAAGCUACUCGAAAGGCAAAAUUCAAGAAGACAGUCGAUGGCGAAAACCGAAAAUCGUCUCUGCAAGACCGACAGCAGAAAUCAAGAGCAAAUGCAAUCAACCGAGCUAGAACGCAAGGUGUCGUUGGCGACAAAACUGUUGAAAUGAUCGACACAUUGAUGGAAGAGUUUGAUGGAGAUGUUGCCGAGCAACACCGUGUUCUUGGUGCUGAAGGCGUCGUUUCUGAAGGUAUACCACCGACACUUCCACCCCUGCCAGAUGACGAUUUCAAUGACUUGCUGUUGGAGGACCCAGAGCAGGAAGAAGAAUAUUUCGAUUAUGACCAGGAUAGCAUUGAGAGCCUCGACGACGAAUAA